AGUAGGGCAAGCCGCUUCCUGGUUCUCAGAAAGGAGGAGCCGGGAGUCGGAGUGGGCGAGCGGAGGCUGCUUACCGGGGGGUCAGAGCAGCUCAGAGAGCCGGCGGAGGAUCGGUGUAGGAGACACCGGGACAUGGGGAAUUAAAACAAAAAAAAAAGAAAAAAAAAAAGAAGAAAAGAAAAAAAAGAGCAACAAACUACAACAAAAACUAAAGUAAAAAACGGUUGUCAAGCUCCCCCUUGAUAAAGAAGUGAGAAGAUAAAUAAGAAGAAAUAAGAAGUCGUUAGGGUGGGACGCAGUAAUCCAGGAAGUGCGCUCCUGCGCGGCUCAGGUGGGAGGACAGGUGACGCACCGGCGCUCAGGUUUAUGAACUCUGAACUCAGAGAAAAGGACCAAAUAGGAGGAGGCGAGAGAGAGAAAGACAGGCAGCAGGUACCCAUCUUCUCCUGGGUUUAUGGACUGGAGGUGGCAAUGUCUCCAGGAGAGGACGGUCUGAUUGGGAUCCCCUUCCCGGAGCACAGCAGCGAGCUCUUGUCCCACCUCAAUGACCAGAGGAGGACGGGACUCUUGUGUGAUCUCACCCUGACCUCCCGAGGGGCUCGCUACCCAACACACCGCUCUGUCAUGGCCGCCGUCAGUCUCUACUUCCGCCGGUUGUUUGGAGCGGAGGAAGGUGGUGGCGAAGGGGGAGGAGGCUUCAGUGUUUGCCAACUGGACUGUGUGGCACCUGAUGCCCUGGACGCCCUCCUGGAGUUCGCCUACACCGCCACUCUUACAAUCCCCAGCUCUGGGAUGAGAGAUGUGCUGCGAGGAGCUCAGCUUCUAGGCAUCCAGUGUGUGGCUGAUGCCUGCAGGGAUAUCCUCGGGGAGACGGCCGAGGCAGAGGGAGAGACAGCAGAGGUGCAAAGAACCCAACACCCAACAUGUGACAAAAUGAUGAAGAGGGAGAUUGGUAGAGAGAAAGCGUCCAGAAGAAAAACAGACAAAAAGAGGGUGAAGAAAAUUUGUUUAAAUACCAUCAAGUCCUCUCCUUUGAAGCUGAUGCCUGCUUCUCCUGCUUCUCACCCUUCCCCUGGAUCCGACAGCUAUCGCUCCCUGCCCUCUACCCAGCCUCCCAGCCCCGAACAAGAGGAGCUUCACCUCAAACACGGGCAGAACGGGGAUCCCAGGGCAAACAACGAGCCAGGGAGAGGAGCCACACUAAAUGGAAGGGUCCCUUACUGGCCACAAGAGCGUCCCCAUAUUACCCUCCCGGCCACAAUCCAGUCCUUAAAUGACAAGCUGUCCGAAGACGACGAGUUGGAGGGUUUGGGGGACAAUGUCAUGCUAGUGGGGCAAAGCUCCACACCUACCGAGGCAGCUGAUCAAGGUGCAGCCACGUCAGUAGCAGGAGGAGGGAGGAAGAGGAAGUCUCAGACCCCCCAGCAGUGCCCAGUCUGUCAGAAAAUCAUUCACGGAGCAGGAAAACUGCCGAGACACAUGAGAACGCACACUGGGGAGAAACCCUUCCAGUGCCCUGCCUGCGGGGUUCGCUUCACACGCAAUGAUAAGUUAAAGAUUCACAUGAGGAAACACACAGGCGAGCGCCCUUACCCGUGUCCCCACUGCCCUGCCCGGUUUCUCCAUUCAUAUGACCUCAAAAACCACCUAUCCCUCCACAGUGGGGCACGGCCCUUCGAGUGCCCCCUCUGCCACAAGGCCUUCGCUCGAGAGGACCACCUGCAGCGCCAUCGCAAGGGUCAGAGCUGCCUGGAGCUGCGCACACGCCGGCCCAGGCGUGCGCCCGACCUGACGGAGGAUGGAAGAGGGGAUGAAGGCAGGAGGGAGCAGUCCAGCGCUCUCUCUUUACAGGCCCACCCCUCUGUUUUCCACACCCACCCGAUGCUGGAAGGUUUGGCUGCGUCCGCUGGUGGCACUCCAAUGAUAUUUGCAAGCGACAUUGAGAGGGAGCGGUCUCUUACCCUUCAGGCUCUGGCCCAAUUUGGUCAUCAAAGGUUGGCCGGCUACCCUGAGUUUUUAUUGCACGGGCUGGACCUGCAAGGAGCCAGAGAGAUGGUGGGAGAAGAUCCUGGAAGAACGCACAUGCCAGCUGGACAGCGUGACAGAUGGGCAGAUCAAGAGGAAGAGGAUAUUGCAGAGGAAGAAGCCGAAGAAGGGGAAUAGUGAAGAGAUACUGAUUUCAUGUGGUAAAGUUUCCACAAUAAAAAAAGAAAAAAAAAGAAGAAAAAACUUUCUUGCUCAGGUGGACUAAUAACCUGCUGCUCCCAUGCAGAGAGCACUUAAAGAGAAACUAAAUAUCAAAAAUUAAACCAGGGAAAACGGGUUUUCUGAUAUAUUUUAAAUGUUUGUCUUCUGGUUGUUGGCAUUUUAUUUCAUUUAACUUUACAUUUUGCUGUUUACUUUCAAAUAUUUUAACUUGUAGCUGUGUCUGACGAUUUGAUUAUUUUUUUUCUCGCUGCUGUGUGUUGAGUGUGAGGUGCUUUUCACUAUGCAUACUAUCCAGGGCUGCAGCAUGGAGGGAUGUUUGAAGAUGUAUAUUUUUAUUCUAAGGAUUCAGGUGCAAUUUAGACAUUUUAUCACCAAGAUCACAAGAAUGUUUUUAUGCCCACUGUCCUCUGGUGGUCAUUAGUGGACAUGCAGUCUAAUUAAUCAAACUUGUUAUCAGCGUUGUAAGCAAUAAUCUUGUCAAUUUUAUUUUUUUUGUUGUAGAAUUUAUGCUUGAUUUUUUUGGUACUUGAACCAAAGAUCUGCGUUCUUUCUUAAAGUUUAAGUUAACGGGAGAGGAGAGAGGCGAACUGUAGCCAAUUUUGGGUUUGAACGGAAGAUUCUUCCCAAAUCUUUUGAUAGCCAUGAGAAAGACUCUGCUUCCAUAUCAGAGUGUUUCAGAGCUGCGCAGCUCUGUGUUUAAUGCCUGACCAAAAGAGACAAAGUCUGGGUCAAUAACUUUGAUUGAUGUGUAAGACUUUUUUUUUUUCCUUUCCCAGAAGCUGUGGACCUCAGUCUUCCUAUGCACUCAUUUGGGUUCUUUGUUGAAACAGAUAAAAAUGGGACAAGGUGAGGGGAUGACCAAGACAAUGUGCCCCUUCCUUUGUAUUUAUUUAUUUAUUUAUAUUUAUUAUGGCUCUUCUGCUUUUGUGAGACCAAGUCCAAGUGUGAACACAGAUCACAAUCCACUCGUUGUCCAAAACUUAAAGAAGCUGCUUUAUACUAAAGAUCUUGGCUAAAAAUCUCCAUAUACGUGAAUGCCUUUCAGUAGUCUGAUUGUCAUAUUUUGGCUAUUUUUACUUUUUCUUGAAUGAAUCCCUCACGUAUUUAACCCACCAGGUACUUCAAUAACACCGGCAAAUUCUGUUCUUCCAGGCAGAAAGAAGGGAACAGAGCUACAAAGUAAGGGGACGCAAGACGUUUAAUGUAACUUGAACACAAAAUACCUUUUGCAGCAAGCUUUUCUGCUGUUGAUUCAACAUUUAUUGUACUGUAUAAUAUUAUGUUGUAUGGCAGUUCUGGUAGAUCGCCCACCACUGUGACUAAAGGGGCCAUUAUCUUUUGAUUAUAUCUAUUUCUGACCAAAUACUUUUGAAUUUCCUCAUACUUUACGUGGCACUAUAGCAGGAUGCAAUUCAACAAUUUAUGUUUUAAAUGGCAGAAGUUGUACUUUUAUUUUCAUUCCUCUUAAAAUCCAUGUAGCUUAUGUGCUGGUCUGUUCUUGUGUGCAUCAUUAUGCAUUAUUAUAGUCUCUUUGUUAUUUAGUCAAUCUUUCUUCAUUUCCUUUUUUCAUUUGCACUAUGAGAUUUGAGAGCUUUGAGCUUUCCCCCCCUGAACUUGAGCAUCAUCUAUAAACACAUUCUGUACUAUUUACAUGGUUGACUGAAAUAGUACUGUAAAACUCUCAUACAUACUCUUCUUUUGGCAUAUUAGUACAGAGUUCUAGUCAAAUAUAAUAUAUAUCGGGAUGAAGUUGCCUUAGUUUUUUUUUUUUUCCUUUUUUUGUGCUGCAACUAUUCUCAGGAAAUCUUGAGCAAUGCACUAAGUGAUUAUACAAAAUAUAAAAUGGGAAGAAACUGGUGCUGUAGGGCGAUUGACACCCUGUAUGCACGUGUGAUGCCAGUAGUUUCAAAAUAUUGAAUUUUAUAUAUUUUGUAUCAUACAAUCAAAUCAAGUUAACCAAUAUUCUAGUAAUGAAAGGGGACUACUGGCAUUGCAGGAACCUGUCUUACUGGAAAGGCAGUAUGACAGUUGGUCCUGUGCGUGAAGGGUGUUGGUACUCCCGACUCAGAGCUUUGUGAGUGAAUUACGGUUAACUGAUGCCAGCUGUGAAGUGUUUCCAUGUGAGCUGUUUGUCUUCUUGGCUUCGGUGAAGGGACAUGGGGUAUGGUCUGAUAGAGACCCCGCUAUCAGGGAUUUUUGUCUUUCAUUUUUUAGAGGAACUUCUCAGAGAUAUGAAUUCAUUUCCCAUGAUUUGUUUUAGUUUAUGUAAAGAAAAUAAAGACAUCUAAGCUUA